GUGACCGUACCGAUUUAUUCACAUAAAAAAAGCCGUGUUGAUGAUUUGCGAGGCUGAACUGAACUAGAUAUUACUGGUCAGAAAUGCCUCGCUAACUACCUCAAAACACGGCAGUAUUUGAUUCUGUUCGUCGUUCUCAGUGAAGAACACGAAUCAAGAUUCCGAAAGACACUCCACUUGAUGUGUUCGUGGAAGAUCAGAGGACAAAUUCAAUCAUUUUUGAAUAGCCAUAUUGCACCCCAAAUUUCGGAGUCCUCAAAGCACCAUGGCACACUUGGCCAUCCUCAAGUGCCCGUUCCUGUCCCGUCUGCCUCACGGCUUUGCCAAGCGGGCCGGCACGUCCCUCUUCACCUACAGUGAGAAGUGCCCCGUCAUGAACCAACUCCUGGCCCGCCACGUCUCCAAGAAACAGGCCGAGGAAGACGACAGCCAGCAGGAGAACAACAACAACAACGAGCAGGAAAAAGGCUCCAUACCGCCAUCUCCCGGUGCCAGCAAAUGCCCGUUCCUGGCCAACAUGGAGGACUCUCGGAAGCUGACUCGUAUCAUUGACUCAGAUCUCAUUGAUUCCUCGGAUAAGGAGACAGUUGUGAAGGCUAGCCGUGCUAAAUCUGAUAAAGCUUCAAACAAGGAUGAUGCUGACUUUAUCAAAGACAAUGGAACUUUUGACUACACCAAGUUCCUCCACGACAAGGUGGCGGCCAAGAAACGAGACCACACCUACCGCAUCUUCAAGAAGGUGAACCGCAUGGCAGAGGCUUUCCCGUACGCUGAGGAGUACUCCCAACACGACGGAGAGGAGAGCCAGCCUAUAUCCAUCUGGUGUAGUAAUGACUACCUGGGCAUGAGCAGGCAUCCUAAGGUCACCCAGGCUGUCAUGGAAGCCGUCAAGAAGCACGGCACCGGAGCCGGCGGGACACGUAAUAUAUCAGGCAACUCAACCUACCACGAGCAGUUGGAAGCCUCCAUAGCCAAACUACACCAGAAGGAGGCCGGUCUGCUCUUCACUUCCUGCUAUGUGGCCAAUGAUUCAACUCUGUACACUCUAGCCAAGAGUCUUCCAGGUUGUACCAUAUACUCGGACUCCGGCAACCACGCCUCCAUGAUCCAAGGUAUACGCAACAGCGGCGUGCCCAGGUUUAUAUUCAGGCACAACGACGCAGCUCACCUAGAGGAGUUGCUGCAGAAAUCAGAUCGCUCUAAACCCAAGAUAGUCGCCUUUGAGACUGUGCAUUCCAUGACUGGUGACGUCUCACCCUUGAAGGAGCUGUGUGACGUGGCCCAUCGCUAUGGAGCCAUCACCUUCGUGGAUGAAGUCCAUGCCGUGGGCUUGUAUGGAGAUCACGGUGCUGGGGUAGGAGAACGCGAGGGCUGCCUGGACGAUAUAGAUAUCAUAUCUGGAACACUGGGUAAAGCCUAUGGUAUGAUAGGUGGCUACAUCGCGGGUGACUCGGACCUGAUUGACAUGGUGCGUAGCUACGCUGCUGGCUUCAUCUUCACUACAGCACUGCCUCCUAUGAUCCUUGCUGGGGCCAUUGCGUCUAUAGAUGUUCUUAGCAGCGAGGAAGGACGUACUUUACGCAUUCGUCACCAGAAAUCAGUCAAAGAGCUGCAUCACAAACUCAAACAAGCUGGCCUGCCCGUCAUUGAUUGCCCUAGCCACAUCAUUCCCAUUCAUGUCGGCGACUCCGAGACCAGUACCAAGGUGGCCAACCACUUGCUGGUCAAGUACGGCAUGUACGUUCAGGCCAUCAACCCGCCCACCGUGGCCCCCGGGGAGGAACGCCUACGCAUCGCGCCCACCCCCUUCCACACCCCGGACAUGAUGGACCAAUUCGUCAGUUCCUUGGUGGUGGCCUGGACCGAGUGUGGGCUGACCCUGGAACCAGAGAUUCGCCCACUGGAACUGGAACAGCUCACCCUCGGACCAGAACAACACCUGCUGGAACCGGAGCGGCGCCAACCGGAACCGAAGCCGAGCCUGGAAUGUAGGUUCUGCAAGGAUUUCAGGCCGUUCGACAUGCUGUCUCAUCUUGAGCGCGAGUUCUUCUUGAACGGGAUCAUGAAGCCGGCGGUCCGGGUAUCCAUCGCUGAAUGAUGAAGGCCAUCUAAGGCUGACCUUAAAAGUGCAGGCUAAGUGCAGUAAAUAAACUGCCAUAGACCCCAAUGAUAAAUGGCCCACUUCAGGAAUUCAGAAAAAAAUACUCACAAUUCUCCAAGGUGUUUGAGUCACACAUCAAAUGAAAGCUUACGUCAUCAUCUUUC